AGAAAAUAUGACGUUUCCGCUAAAACUUUUGUGUUCUCUGAUAUUUUUCACAAAAAUGGCUGGCGGCGAGGUGGAACUAGCGCAAGCGGCCGCUCCGGGCGGUGAUACUAUAUUCGGAAAGAUAUUGAGGAAGGAAAUACCUGCGAAAUUCGUCUACGAAGACGACCAGUGUGUGGCCUUCCACGAUGUGAAUCCUCAGGCUCCGACUCAUAUCCUGGUGAUCCCAAGGAAACCUAUCACUCAACUCUCCAAGGCUGACGACAACGAUGAACAAUUAUUAGGGCAUCUGUUAAUCGCUGCCCGGAAAGUUGCUCACCAAGAAGGUUUGGACAAGUCUGGAUUCCGUUUAGUUAUCAAUGAUGGCAAGAAUGGAGCACAGAGUGUCUAUCACUUGCAUAUUCAUAUUCUGGGAGGCCGCCAGAUGCACUGGCCCCCUGGCUAAACAAUUUUAAUUACAAAACCCAUUUUCUAAUAAAAUAUGGAGUAUUUUAGCCUAUGUUUACAAUUUUUCACUUAUAUCUCAUUAUAACUGGUCUUAUUAGAUGCUUAAAUACCAAUUUCAAAGUAUCACAAAUAUUAUAGCACCUAACAUGGGUAAAACUCCAUAUUUUUAAAUGGGUGUUUAUGAUUGAUUUGCAUUUGUUUCAAUAUUGUUGCAACAAUAAAAUAUAAAUGUUAAGAUAUGAAUAAAAUGUGGGAUACAAGGUGA